AUGCAGCAUGUUAGCCUGAGCAGCAGGACGGGCUUCGUGGGGACCCGCCUGGCCGCCCGCCCUUCGACCAUCAGGGCCCGGGCGGUGGGCAUGCCACAGGUCCGUGCGGCCGCGAGCGGCUACCAGUGGCUGAAGAAGGAGCCCAUCGUCAUCCUGGCCGGCUUCCUGGGCUGGUUUGCCCCCUCCAACAUCGGGGUGCCUGCCCUGGGAGGGAAGAGCCUCUUCGGCCUGUUCUCCGAGUCCAUCGGCCAGGAGCUGUCCCACUUCCCCGUCGGCCCCGCCCUCACCGACAACUUCUGGCUCUACCUGGUCACCUGGCACGUGGGUCUCUUCCUGACCCUCUUCCUGGGCCAGAUCGGCGUGCGUGGCCGUGCCCAGGGCUACUUUGACUGA